AUGUCCGCGUCAUCUGCAUUAACACUAGGCCACGCAUUCAGCGCUUCAUACAACGAACGCUUCAUACAUACGCUUCAUCUGUGGAUACCAUCAGUGAAUACGGCCUCACGCGCGCAUACUGCGAAGAAGACAGCUGAGAUCAAUCGGCCCCGUCCCGUAGCGAUCAAUCCAGCCGGAAUUAGCCUUGGCGGAGGUGUAGUGGAUAAUUGGAUCAAGGAAGAGAAACCUAUAGACAUUAAAGAGCAUGAACUGGAGGAUACAUCAUCGUCCGAUUCAGAAGUUCGACAAGGAGGUCGUCCACCGAAACGCUAUCACCAGGAACAUGUCAGCACGCAUUCGACUGAAGAUUACUCCUUCGACAAAUCACCACCUCAGGGACUGGAUCCUAACUUGUUGCUCUGCAUCUGCCGAACAACGUACAAUCCCAGAAGAUACGGAAACAGCCUCCGAGCACGUGCACGUUCAGAAGACCUAGAACAGGCCAUUCCACAAGUGGGGCCGGAGGACGUGGUACAACAUGUUACACAAGCGGAACAACUCGUCGUGGAAGUCACUGAAGUCUUUAACGAGGUGAACGAGAUACGCGACUACACGACGAGGACGAAGAACGUUUUGUGGAGGUUAUGGACGAAGAAGAGGAGGAGCAAAGUGAAUGAAAUCAAGCCAAAAACCAAGAACCGUGCCUCGCGAUGCGGUGGGGAAGCAAUGCAAAUGUGGCUCUAUUAA